AUGAACCAUAGAGAAAACAUAAAAAACGAAAUCUUAAAUUUGAAAGAAUUAUACAAACAAAUCUAUAUUGAUAGAAUUACGGCAAUCGAAUCAGAGAAACGAGGAAAUAUUUAUCAGGCAAUAUUAUCAUAUCAAUCAAUCUUGAAAGUAGUAGAGAAAAAUUCACAUAUUUUUAAAAAACCACCUAUUUGGUCUUAUAAGAAAUCAGAAAAACAAAUUAUAGAAGUGGUGAAAAUGUAUGUUUCACAGGCAGAAUUAAAAAUUUCAAUAUUAAGCGUUUUUACAAAAAUGGAUCCAAAUUUAUUUUUAUCAGUCAAUAAUAACAAUCAUAUAAAUAAAAAUGUUUCAUCCGAUUUUUACCCAUCUAAAAGCAUGAAUCAUGUUUCUAAGGAAAUAAAUGAAUGUUAUUCUUUUUCAGAAAGAAAUCAACGACUUUCAAACUUUCAAAAAGAAGACGAUAUCUUUAGACAAUCUUUACGAAUAUCAAAUCCAAACAGGAACUUGUUCCUUGAAAACAUAUUUAAAAGCAAAAAUCCUAAAAAAGAGUUAUCUAAAGAUGAUUUUUCACAUGUUAGAAAAGCAUCUCAACUUAAACAGUUUCCUCAAACACUUCGUCAAACAAAAUCACGUUCAUCAUUAAUUCACAAUGAUGCAGGAAAAGCCGCAUUCUGUGCAUGGAACAGUGGAACUAAUUCAGCUAUACGUCCACAAAAAAAAUAUGAAACAAAUACAAAUUUCUCUCAACGUUUUAUUGAUUCAACCAUUCAGCUCUGUUCAUCUUUGUUUUCAACAUCAUGUAGAUCAUCAUUACGCGAAUCAUAUGCGUCUGAAACAUUUCCAGUUCAAAAUGAUCUAAAAUUAAAUGAUUUAUUCAAUUCACAAUAUAUUGAUAAUGAUAAUAUAACAGAUGAAUUAUCGAAUUCAAUAUUUAAACAAUCGCUAUCUUCUAAAACACUAGCCUCUAUUCCUCCAAGACCAUCAUGUUUUAAAGAUUCAAACCUGGAUGCAAAAGGCCAAUCUGAUAUACAGAGAAAUAUUUCAUCAAUUGCAAUACAAAAAUCUUUGCAAGAAAAUGCAUCUUUAGUCUCUUUAUCACAAAAUAAACACAAAGAGCGACAUAUCAAUUUCGACACAGUAAAAAAUCAAAAAUGCCAAAAUGAAAUAACUUUUAUUUCUAAUUCCUUAAAAAAUACUUCAUUAGAACUAGAAAAUACAAAGAAACUGGAUAUCGAUAAGAAAGAAACAAGAGAACAGAGAGCGAUUAACAAUCUUAAAGGAAUUAUUGAUGAAAAUUUAUUGCAAAUAAUCGUUAAUGAUAUUGUAAUUAAAGGAGACAAAGUUUCAUGGGAUGAUAUAGCUGGUUUAGAAGAUGCAAAAAAAACUCUUAAAGAAACUGUUAUAUAUCCUUUAUUAAGGCCGGAUUUGUUUAGUGGAUUAAGAGAGCCAGCUACUGGUGUUCUUUUAUUUGGUCCACCUGGUACUGGAAAAACAAUGCUUGCAAAAGCAGCUGCUACAGAGGCAAAGUCUACAUUUUUUUCGAUAUCAGCAUCAUCUUUAACAUCUAAAUUUCUUGGCGAAUCUGAAAAGCUUGUGCGUGCAUUAUUCUCUUUAGCAAAGGAACUAUCACCUAGUAUUAUUUUUGUUGAUGAAAUCGACGCUCUUUUAUCAUCUAGAAGAGAAGAUGGCAAUGAACACGAAGCAUCUAGACGUUUAAAAACAGAAUUUCUAAUUCAAUGGUCUUCUCUAGCAAAAGCAGUUAUAAGUAAUGAUGAAUCAGAGCCUAUUUCAAGGGUUUUAGUACUAGCAGCAACAAAUAUUCCAUGGGCGAUUGAUGAAGCAGCAAGACGCCGAUUUGCUAGACGGCAAUAUAUACCAUUACCAGAACGUGAUACAAGAAUGCAGCAAAUUUUACAUUUACUUAAAUAUCAAACACAUACCUUAUCUGACGAAGAUAUAAAGAACUUAGUUGAUAUUACUGAGGGGUAUUCAGGAUCAGAUAUUACAGCCUUAACAAAAGAUGCUGCAAUGGGUCCACUUCGGUGCUUAGGCGAAGCUCUAUUGACAGCUAAACAAGAUUUAAUUCGACCUAUUAACUUGGACGAUUUUAAGGCAAGUCUUCGAUUAAUUAGGCCCAGUGUAAGCCAAAAAGGAUUAAUAGAAUUCGAGAGAUUUAAUAGGGAAUUUGGUAUACAAAGUUAA